GAAACAUUCAAAAUUUGCCGUAGAAAAUUGUUCUACGGAAGACAAUCUCUCUCUAUUCCUUUUCCUUCUUCUUUCCUUUACAAGUCAUUUAUCUUCUACUACUUUUGACGUCGGUACUGAUAUUGAACGAAGAUCAGCGGAGGCUUUUGAUUCCUCGCGGUCUUGUGAAUAUAUGACGCAUAUCCAUUGCCACCAUCAUUAUUUCCUACUAGAUACGAAACGCAAACGCACUGUCUCAGAGUCCUUUAGUGAGUUAUACAAGUGGUGUUCUCCUGAUGGCUCGUGACUUCAGUUGAGGAGAAAGAAUUGCAUGCUUGGUGUAAAAGACGACGUUGGUGGGGUUGAAGUAUUCACCAAAAGCAAAGGAAAAACAGGAACUGGGGGAGUGAGGAUCUGUAACGAGUUCUUGAGAGUGUUCGGUGUUUUUUUUUCUUUUUUCUUUCUCUUUCUUGAUGGGAAACUGUUUUUCUGGGUUGAAUUCUUAUCUUUGGGGUGCACCUUCUAAGCCAAAAUCAGAAUCUCCAACAAUACAGAGUUCACCACAGGUGACAGGUGAGAAGGAUGACGAGAAAUACCCAACCAAUCCCAAAGAAGUUGAAGAUUUGCGUAAAAACUCAGCGGCUAACCCUUUGAUUGUGUUCACAUUCAUUGAGCUGAAGAAUAUCACUGCAAAUUUUAAGCGAGAUCGGGUUUUGGGUGAAGGAGGAUUUGGGAGUGUGUACAGAGGAUCUAUCCCGAAAGGCAUGAGGGAGGGGCUUGAGCCACUGGAUGUUGCUGUGAAGGUUCAUGAUGGGGAGAAAAGUUUUCAAGGCCAUAGAGAAUGGCUGGCAGAGGUCAUAUUUCUGGGGCAGUUUUCACACCCAAAUUUGGUGAAACUUAUUGGCUACUGCUGUGAGGACGAUCACAGGGUAUUGAUUUAUGAGUACAUGGCUCGUGGAAGUGUCGAAAAUAUCUUAUUUUCAAGGUUUUUGGUUCCGCUUUCCUGGGCAGCCAGGAUGAAGAUCGCUUUGGGAGCCGCAAGAGGUCUUGCCUUCCUCCAUGAAUCCGAAAAACCAGUUAUAUAUCGCGAUUUUAAGACAUCAAAUAUCUUGCUGGACAUGGAAUACAAUGCAAAGUUGUCAGACUUCGGACUUGCGAAAGAUGGACCAGUUGGUGAUAAAUCGCAUGUUUCUACUCGAGUAAUGGGCACUUAUGGUUAUGCUGCUCCCGAAUACGUGAGGACAGGUCAUCUUACUGCCGGAAGUGAUGUUUAUAGCUAUGGUGUUGUUCUGCUGGAAUUGCUCACUGGUCGACGGUCGGUCGACAAGAGCCGGCCUAGCAGAGAACAGAGUUUAGCUGAUUGGGCCCGGCCGCUCUUGAGAGAGAGAAGGCGUCUUCUGGGGAUCAUAGACCCAAGAUUAGGAGGGGACUACCCAGUCAGGAGUGUGCAUAAGGCAGCAAUUCUGGCCUACCACUGUCUGAACCAGAACCCAAAGGCGCGGCCAUUGAUGAGGGAUGUGGUUGAUUCCUUAGAGCCACUGCAAGUGACAGUGGAGAUUCCAGAUUAUCCUUCUAAAAGAUCUGAUGAACUGCCAAUGUUAGCUGCUCAUUAGAAAGAUCUAAUGAUAUCUAAUGCAAAGUUGGUACUUACAUAGAAAUGUUGGCCUCAGAGUGGAGAACCUGACAUCCUCCAUUAGUGCUCUAUUUUGCUUCUUUACUGAUUACAACAACUCCAAGGUACCUGCUCCUUGAAAGAGACAAUGCCAUACGAACAUUGGCUGCACCAUUUGAAGAGGGCAACACCAUGGGAAUGGGUCAGAGUGCAAGGUUCUGCGGUGUUCUUUAUUGAGUUAGGAAUGAGUGUCUAUGUUUGCAGCAUACAAACUAAAUUGUUUGAUUCCUUGCUUAUAUCUUUGUUUGGAAAGUCAAUA